UUGUAUAAUGAUGUAGAUGUGUAUGAGUGAGAGGCUAUAAGGGCGGGAGCGGCCCCCUGGCGGCAGGGUGCGGGUCACGUGACGUGACGUCAGCGCCGCGACGUGGCAGGUAGUGGCAGUUGUGUCCGCCAUUUUCACCGUUUGUUACUCUGGCUAAAAAGCAUCAUGGGGAACUUGAUGGCAAAUCUAUUCAAAGGCCUUUUUGGCAAAAAGGAGAUGAGAAUUCUCAUGGUUGGGUUGGAUGCUGCUGGUAAAACUACCAUCUUGUAUAAGCUGAAGCUAGGUGAAAUUGUCACCACAAUCCCAACUAUUGGUUUUAAUGUAGAAACGGUGGAAUACAAAAACAUCAGCUUCACUGUUUGGGACGUAGGUGGUCAGGAUAAAAUCCGACCAUUGUGGCGUCAUUACUUCCAAAACACCCAGGGUCUGAUUUUCGUAGUAGAUUCUAAUGAUCGAGAACGUAUUGGUGAAGCAAGAGAGGAACUAAUGCGAAUGUUAGCUGAAGAUGAACUCAGAGAUGCUGUGCUACUCAUAUUUGCAAAUAAGCAAGAUCUCCCCAAUGCAAUGAACGCAGCAGAAAUAACAGAUAAAUUGGGACUACAUUCACUGAGGAAUCGCAACUGGUAUAUCCAGGCAACUUGUGCUACAAGUGGGGAUGGCCUCUAUGAAGGUUUAGAUUGGCUCAGUAACCAGCUAAAGAAUGCUAAUCGCUAAUCACACCACCAGCAGCUCACACACAUUAAGUGAACUAGUGGGCAGUGAUUAUAUCAAAUUUAGGUUGCUGGCUUUGAUCACCAAAGGCUCUUGUUGCCUAUUCUGCACAGAAAACAAGUGAUGACAAAUGACUAUCAUCAUAAUGGAAAAUGGUUUAGAAAAGUUAUUCAGUGUAACAAACACUGUGAAUAUGUAAGUUUUGUGGGCGAUAUCCUGCAAAAAUUUAGCAUGAAUUCAGGCGGCGGGUGGAUGGCGCCUGAGAAAAUGCAGAGUGAACAAGUUAUGGGCUGGACAGUGCAGCAAUGAUGUUACCUCACCUGUGUCAGCAAUGUGUGAAUGAUUUUAAUAGUGGUGAACGGAGGAGAACGAGCCUUGCUGUCUGUCCAGUCUGCAGUAUUGACUUUAAAGCCUGAGGUCAAGUCAUAUUGGAGCCCAGUGUUCUCGAGUCUUAUUGCAGAGCGGGAACUUAAUUAUUAGGACUUGGGCCCCCGUAUGAUGCUUGACCGAGUGUAAUGCCUUUAUACUGGUGUAAAAGUCUCGUAUGUGCUCUUCAAAGAAAGCAACAAAAGAUACAUCAAAUUUUAUUCUGUUCUCAAUCUUUAUUGUUCAGUUAAUCAGAUUUUAUAAUUGUUCUCAGUUUAAGGUAGGGACUUUUAUUUAUUGGAAUGUUUGCAGCUCACAUCUGUGUUAGAAUUGGUGCACUUUGCUUGGUCUCUUUAAACAAACAAAAUCAAAGGUCCGUUUAGGAGGUAGGACAGACACUUGAAAGUUUACUUUUGUUGGAACAUUCCCGUUGGCAUAGAAUUGAUGUGGAGCUACUGUAUCAGUUAAUCAACUUUGAUGUCAUAUGUUUUGUCAUUGUUUCAAAACCUGAAUUUCAUAAAAUAUAUUACCAAAAUACUGAUGUCCUUUCCUUGGUACUGUUAAACUUGAGCAGGCAAAUUUCCAUAUAAGGAUACUAGAUAAAAGGUGGUUUUCUGACUUCAUAUGCUCUUUAAGUGUAAUAAAACUUAAUUUGUGCUUAAUGAUUUCUAUGCUGUUAUCCUAAGGCUGCCCUAGAAAUUACUGUUAUAAUGUGUUAGUGAAUAUUUUAAGGUUGGAACAAAUGCUAUAUUUUUUGUGCAAGCAAAUAUAAGAAGCAAGGAAAAAAUUUAUUAUUGAUAUAGUGUCUAAAUAUUUUGAUUGGAAUAAAUAUUUAAUUUAACAACAUAUAUUAUUCGUAUGUUAACUUGUUGACCAAAACAUUGAAUAUUAGUCGGGUUAUCUUACUUUAAAGACGUGUCAGAUUAUGACAGUUGUGGAACUGGAAGGUAUACAAUUCAUAAAAUAAUAAGUUUAUAAAAUUUAAUUGCUUGCAGAGCAUUCACAGUUAAACUAUCCAAAUAAAAUGUGAAAAGAAUGAAGUGGAGGCAAUUUCAAGGACUUGAAAACAAAGCUUUGGCUUGUUUGGGAUUUUGUUUCAGUUGAGGGUUAAUACGAAGUAUGGAGGCUUAAGUUAAGAUAAUACUUUAGGGGGGGGUUGUGCAUGAAUUAUUUGCCAUAUUGUCCAUAUUCUAGUAUAAAUUUGAUUGGACACUUUGUGAAUACUAUACAGGUACUGUGCAAUUCAUGGUAAAAAUUUGGAAAAGUCACUUAGCAUAUUACAAUAAAUAUUGCCAUUAACAUUAUCUUUGGGUUGUGAGGUUAAAUGCUGUUUACAGGGCAGUUAGAUGUGGUAUGAGACCCAUUUUAUGGCCACAUAAUUGGUACAUGACUAAAUUUGGAUUUAUAUUCUCAUAAAUAAUACUGAAGAAGUUUUGGAAGCUGGACAUAUGCAAGGCUUCAGCGAUGCAACGCAACGGGUGGAGCUUGGCCAGCAUGACAUGACUCCUCCCUCGGGAUGUAGCAGGUUCUGAAAUGUUUAGUCCCAGGACACCCUUGGACUAGACUGACACUGAAGAGCUCGGGUUUUAUGCUAACCACAGUGGUGUUUUCAACAAUGCUGAACAUAUUUAGGACUUAAAUGGCCAUUGAACACUAAAUGUAUUGGUGAAUAAAAUUAAAAUAGAUAC